GCGAUCACUUAAAUUAUAUCUCUUUGGGUUUCAUUUUGUAGUCAUUUCUACGAUUUCACCAAAUAUUUUUUAAUUAUUUACUUUAUCCUCGAUUUAAAUUGAGUUUAUAGAUCGCAAAAAGAAUGGGUGAAUGUAAUCGUGAUGUUAUCAACAAUAAUCCUUUUGAUUUAGUUUAUCCAAGCUAUAACGAGUAUGAUAAAUGUUUAUCGAAGAUAGUCCGAGCAAAGAAAUCCCCGGAAUGCACCGGAUUUAUCUUUCAUUACAAAAAGGAGCUGGAUAAAUUCCCGUUUAAAGAUUUCGUUUGCAUUUUAAACGAUUGCUCGAAUUUCUCGCAUCGUCCCAGCCUCGAUAAGUUCUUUGCAAAGAAAGAAACGAUUCCGAGUUUAUUGCAAUUAUCUCGAGAUGCCGUUCGGAGGAUUAUGUUUCAUAAACAAAUUAAAGAGGAUGGUUUUAAAAGCAGCGAUGGGAUACAUAAAUUAAGUCUUACACAAGAUCUUAAAGAUAUUUUAGUUUUAAAACGUGGCAUUUAUUAGAAUGAUUUUAUUAAUUUUAUAUCUUAUUAACC